CUGCCGCCGCUCUUGGUUUUUUUUUUUUUUUUUCGCUGCGUGUGAGUGUUAUUUUUUUUUUUUUUUUCUCUCUUCACCAACUUCCUUCCUGCUCCAACUGCCAGAGCUCGGGGCUGAGCGCUGACAGCAGAGGAGGACCCCGGCCGCAGGCGCCGCUCCGCCGACCAAGCCACCAUGACUGAGAAGACGCAAGAGCCUCAUGUGGAGGAUGAUGAUGAUGAGCUGGAUGGGAAACUCAACUACAAACCUCCUCCCCAGAAAACACUGCAGGAGCUGCAGGAGUUGGACAAGGACGAUGAAAGCCUGGCUAAGUACAAGAAGUCCCUGCUGGGAGAUGGACCUGUGGUAGUAGACCCAACAGCUCCCAAUGUGGUGGUCACUCGACUCACUCUGGUCUGUGACUCUGCUCCAGGACCCAUCACCAUGGACCUUACAGGUGACCUCGAAGCACUCAAGAAAGAGACCUUCGUAUUAAAGGAAGGGGUGGAAUACAGAGUUAAGAUCCACUUCAGAGUAAACAGGGACAUUGUGUCGGGACUGAAAUACGUGCAGCACACCUACCGGACGGGGGUGAAGGUGGACAAAGCCACGUUCAUGGUUGGCAGCUACGGGCCACGGCCAGAGGAGUACGAGUUCCUGACGCCCGUUGAGGAGGCUCCCAAGGGUAUGCUGGCUCGAGGCACCUACCACAACAAAUCCUUCUUCACGGAUGAUGACAAGCACGACCAUCUCACCUGGGAGUGGAACCUGUCCAUCAAAAAGGAAUGGACAGAAUGAGUUCACCCAGUUUGCCUUCCCCCUUCCCGUCCCCUUGCCUCCUGCACCAGUCUCCAGGCCUUCGCUGCUUCUUCUGAUACACUGAGAACAACCCAGCCACCACCCCAUCAUGACCAUAAUGGGUUAAAUUGGGAAAGCACCUCCCUCCCUCUCCCCCAGUACUUCCUGGUGUUGUCCCCGUCUCUUCCAUACCAACUCCAGUCCUGGAAGUGCCUUUUCGAGGAAACAAGAUCACCUGGCAGGGGUGGACUGGUCCCUGGAAAAUCCCUCUCUUGAGUUACACUUGCCAUGUGCUCUGACUCAUUGUAAAGGGUUACUUACCUCCCGUGAUGGUCUCCUGGUCUGUGUCUGGUGCCCUACCCUGUUAAAAUCCAUCCUUGUGCAGGCAAAGCCAGUCAGGGGGAAUGCAGCUAGAUGCCGUAACAAGACUUCAGUGUCUGAAAAUAAAACCAGUUUCUUUCUUC